UGACAUCGAAUGCCCGAUUCUGACCAAGACCCGCCCCUCCCCCUCCCUGUCCCCUCCUCCCCACUCGGCGUAAAUAUGCAGUUCCUGUCUGUUGGGUCGUCUCUCUAUCAUUGCCUUAGGUAGGAGACAGGCGCUGCGAGUCCAGGAGGUUGACCCGGGGCGGAGCCAGGAGAGCUCUUGGGGCGAAUAGCGAUGUCGUCCAGAAGGGGCAUGAUCUCGAUGGAUCAAGCCAGUAAGAUUGCUGACAAUCCUUCUGCGGUAUCGCUACGCAGCGCGGAGGACGAUGGCAAGCUGGCUGCAAUCUCCGUGAAGCAUCAGCAUAAUAGGGAUGAUGAGGAGUUCGAUGCGUCGACGCGGCCGCCGUUCAGUCUUGGUCAGAUACGGGCCGCCAUUCCCAAGCUCUGCUGGGAAAGAAGCAUUGUGAGGUCGUUCAGCUACGUCGGCAGGGAUGUUACCAUUGUAGUGGCGCUGGCGUGUGUGACGGCGUAUCUUGAUAGCUGGUUUCUGUGGCCGUUCUAUUGGAUUGCACAGGGGACGAUGUUCUGGGCGAUCUUCGUUCUUGGCCACGACUGCGGGCAUGGCAGCUUCUCCAACAGUAAAAGAUUGAACAACCUAGUUGGCCACAUCAUGCACUCGUUCAUUCUUGUGCCGUAUCAUGGGUGGCGCAUCAGCCAUAGGACGCAUCACGCCAAUCACGGGCAUGUCGAAAACGAUGAGUCCUGGUACCCGAUGACAGAGGCGGUGUUCAAGACACUGAAUUUCUGGGCUAAAUGUGGGCGUCUCAAGUUUCCAACUACUCUGUUUGCCUAUCCAGUGUACUUGUGGACGAGGAGUCCAGGGAAGGAUGGUUCCCAUUUCAAUCCCUCCAGCGACUUAUUUGAUCAGAGUGAGUGGAGCGAGGUGACGAUGUCGACCGCGUGCUGGUUGGCAAUGGGGGCUAUCUUAACGGCAGCAGUGUCACAGUUCGGGUUCCUCUGGAUGCUUAAGCUCUACUUCGUCCCGUAUAUCAUUAAUGUGAUGUGGUUGGAUGCCGUGACAUACCUUCACCACCAUGGGUACGAUAAAAAGAUUCCCUGGUACCGAGGUAAGGAGUGGAACUAUUUGCGGGGAGGACUGUCCACCGUCGAUCGUGACUACGGUUUUUUCAACAAGAUCCACCACGACAUUGGCACGCACGUCGUGCAUCACCUGUUUCCUCAGAUCCCGCAUUAUCAUUUAUGUGAGGCAACCGCGGCUGUCAAGUCUUUGCUUGGAAAUUUCUACCGAGAACCAGAGAAGUCAGGUCCCAUUCCUCUUCAUCUCAUCCCUGUCAUUAUGAAGAGUUUCUCUGAGGAUCACUUCGUGGCCGACGAGGGUGACAUUGUCUUUUACCAAAAAGAUCCAAAACAGUGCAAUUGCAGAUAAAUCUCUUCCAGGUUACUUGCUCUCUUCCCCUUCCAUUGUAGCAUAAGUCGCGGAUUAGGAAGCUGUGGAUGAUACACUCGACUCACUGUCUAAGGAAGCUGGAUUUUGACGCCCCUCCCUGUCUAGUCGUCAUUGGCAGCCAUUGAUGAUCGAGCGAUUAAGUAGGAAGGAACCAUCCACAGACAGAUAGAAAUGCAACAGGAAAACAAGUAGAGAUCGGCUCUCAUUCUCCAGUAAGAGAGGCGCGUGAGCACGCACAGGGGAUCAUCUGGUGUCCAAGACGGUGUGACGUGGAUCUAUUCGCUAUUUUUGUUCAUUGCGAAAGAAUUUCUUCACUUGCAUCGUGUUUUCAUCGAGCUUUUGGAAAUGGCAUUGCUUAUUUUUUCGCUGCAAAUAUCCAAACAUUAGCAGCUGUUUUUGUUGGUGCACAUGAGCCAUCGGGAGUGUGUAUCUUUCUCCUCUGCUGGCUUGCAGUUGCAGCUUGGUUCGUGAACUUUUAAAGUCGAUGAUUAGGUUUCUGCUUGAUAUUUGCAGCUGUGUUGUGAUCGAUUGUUCCGAGUGGAAUAUGGAUUUGAGUAUUCAUGACCUGUUUAGGAAAUCACCAAUUUUUAUUCCCGAUUACUGCAAUCGGUCCUUUCUUUAUAAAUCAUAUCUUUGA